AUGCGUCAACUUCUCGUUUUCGCAACGAUUCUCUUCAUUACCAACGCCAACACGGAUGUUAUCACAUGUGGGAGUGUACUGAAGUUGCAAAAUCAAGGAGACAACACGCGGUUACAUUCACACGAUGUAAAAUAUGGCAGUGGAAGUGGGCAGCAAUCCGUAACAGCCGUGCAGAAUUCGGAUGAUCACAACUCUCAUUGGCAGCUUCUUGGAGCCUAUGGUGAAACGUGUCCCCGUGGAACAGGAAUCAAAUGCGGAUCGCUUAUUCGAUUUAAACAUUUAUCGACUGGAUGCUUUCUUCACAGCCAUCACUUCCAAGGGCCUCUCAGCAAAAAUCUCCAGGAAGUUUCCUGUUUCGGUAGUGCUGCGCACGGUGAUACUGGAGACAAUUGGGAGGUGGUUUGUUCGCACGAACAUUGGGAAGAGUCGGAUCCGAUAAAGCUGCGUCACAAAGAUACAGGAGUCUACUUGGCUCUCUCCGGUCAAGUAUUUGGGCGACCGAUUCACGGACAAAGAGAAGUCAUUGGAACGACAAACACGAAUUCGAUGUCUCAUUGGUUGGCCGCUGAGGGUGUUUACAUGGAUCUCAAAGAUCAA